GGCGGCCUGGCAGCCGAGCUCCGGUGGCGGGCGCGCAGGUCGUUGACGCGGGCCCCCGGGCGGAGGUCCCAUCUGUCGCCGCCGCCGCCGGGAGCGCGACGUCCAGCUUCCCGGACCAUGGAGGACCCGCAGCCGCUGCCACCGCCCGAGCUGCCGCUGUGCGACAGCCUCAUCAUCUGGCUGCAAACAUUCAAGACUGCCUCACCUUGUCAAGAUGUCAAACAGCUGACUAAUGGAGUGACCAUGGCACAAGUUCUUCAUCAAAUUGACGUAGCUUGGUUCAACGAAUCUUGGUUAAGCCGAAUUAAAGAUGAUGUUGGCGACAACUGGAGAAUAAAGGCCAGUAACCUAAAGAAAGUCCUCCAUGGAAUUACAAGUUACUACCACGAGUUUUUGGGGCAGCAGAUUUCUGAUGAACUUAUCCCUGAUUUAAACCAAAUAACCGAGUGUUCAGAUCCUGUGGAGCUUGGGAGGUUGCUUCAGCUUAUUCUAGGCUGUGCAGUCAACUGUGAAAAGAAGCAAGAACAUAUUAAAAACAUAAUGACUCUGGAAGAAUCUGUUCAACAUGUGGUUAUGACUGCAAUUCAGGAGUUGAUGAGUAAAGAAAUAGUGAACACUCCUGCAGGUGACACUGUUGGAGAAUUAGAACAGCAGCUUAAAAAGGCUUUAGAAGACCUUCAGGAGGCCAUAGCAGAAAAGGAAGAGCUAAAGCAGAGGUGCCAGGAACUGGACCUGCAGGUGACUGCACUUCAGGAUGAGAAGAAUUCACUCAUCUCCGAGAAUGAGAUCAUGAACGAAAAGCUUGACCAGUUGGACGGCUCUUUUGAUGAUCCAAGCACAAUGGUUGCGAAGAAGUAUUUUAAUGCACAGCUACAACUAGAGCAAUUACAAGAAGAAAACUAUAGGCUUGAAGCUGCAAAAGACGAUUACCGCGCCCACUGUGAGGAGCUUGAAAGGCAGCUGGUGGAGCUGCAGCACAGGAGCGACGAGCUGACGGGCCUCGCUGAGGAGACCCGCGCCCUGCGGGACGAGAUGGACGUGCUGAGGGCUACCUCAGACAAAGCCAGUAAACUGGAGUCAACUGUGGAGGUGUAUCGUCAGAAGCUGCAGGACCUCAGCGACCUCCGCAAGCAGGUGAAGUCGCUACAGGAGACAAACAUGAUGUACAUGCACAGCACGGUGAGCCUGGAGGAGGAGCUGAAGAAGGCCAAUGCAGCGCGCGCACAGCUAGAGACCUACAGGCGCCAGGUUCAGGAUCUUCACAUUAAGCUUUCCUCUGAAUCCAAAAGGGCAGACGCACUAGCCUUUGAAAUGAAGCGGCUUGAAGAAAAACAUGAAGCUUUACUCAAGGAAAAAGAGCGGCUGACGGAACAGCGAGACACCCUGAAAGAGGCCAACGAAGAGCUGCGGUGCUCACAGGCACAGCACGGUCACCUCAGCCAAGCUGAUGGAUCUGCUACCAAAAGUUACGAAAACCUUGCUGCUGAGAUCAUGCCAGUGGAGUACAGAGAGGUGUUCAUUCGCCUGCAGCAUGAGAACAAAAUGCUUCGGCUACAGCAGGAAGGGGCGGAAAACGAGCGCGUGGAGCAGCUGCAGGGCCAGCUGGAGCAGGAGCACCGCAGGGUGAACGAGCUGGAGACGGAGCAAAGGUUGAGCAAAGAGCGCAUCAGAGAACUGCAGCAGCAAAUCGAGGACCUCCAGAAGUCGUUACAAGAACAGGGCUCCAAGUCUGAAGGUGAAAGUUCCAGCAAACUAAAGCAGAAGUUGGAAGCUCAUAUGGAAAAACUAACUGAAGUCCAUGAAGAGCUACAGAAGAAACAGGAACUCAUUGCAGACCUUCAGCCAGAUAUAAGUCAGAAUGCCCAAACGAUCAGUGAACUUGAAGCUGCUCUUCAGAAGAAAGAUGAGGACAUGAAGGCGAUGGAGGAGAGAUAUAAGAUGUACUUGGAGAAGGCCAGAAACGUAAUAAAAACCUUAGAUCCCAAAUUAAAUCCAGCAUCAGCAGAAAUAAUGUUACUUAGAAAGCAGCUGGCGGAGAAGGAAAGAAGAAUUGAGAUCCUAGAGAGUGAAUGUAAAGUAGCAAAAUUCAGGGAUUAUGAGGAAAAACUCAUUGUUUCUGCCUGGUAUAACAAGAGCCUGGCAUAUCAGAAACUGGGCAUGGAAUCUCGGCUGGUUAGUGGUGCUGGUGCUUGCAAAGACAGCAGCGUGGGUGGUCCUGCUCGGUCCUUCUUAGCACAGCAGCGGCAUAUUACCAGCACCCGAAGAAAUCUCUCUGUGAAAGUUCCAGGCGCAGCAGCUGACUAGUCUGCGAAGCAAACACAAACGAAGUGCCUCAAAAUGUUUUGUACCCCGGAAAACUACCAAAUGGAAAACAAAGGUUAAGAUGCUUGGUAGCAGCUAGUUUUGUUUUGAUUUUAUUUUGAGACAGGGUCUCAUAUACCCCAAACUGGCAUUGAAUUCACGGUGUAUUCAAGGAUGACCUUGACCAUCCAAUCAGUCCUUCCCUCACUUUCUGCACGGUGGCUUAAGAGCUGUGUACUGCCAUAUCGGGUUGAUACGGUUCUGAGGAUCAGAUUCAGACACUCUACCAACUGAGUUACACCCCCAACCUUGGUAUCAACUAUAUUUAGAUCAAAAUAUAUCAAGCUAACACUUCCAAUUUACUCUGAAAACAAAACACAGAAUCAGCUCUUGUCCCUGAGCAGUGCAUUUGAGUAGUUGAAAAUGUGAUGAAGCUAAUAGUUGUCUUGAGAUGGCAUCAUGUGGGAGAACCACAUAUUCCAGUUUUAUGUUUUCAGUAGUAACAGCAAGUCAGUUAAUUUGCAAAAAGUAAUGAGUAGCUUGUCAUUUAGAAAUAUAUCUAGAUUUGCUUUAUGGAAAGCAGUCUCCAGUUGACCUGGUAGGUACAAAGCUUUCCUCUGCUUGCUAACUCUGCCCUCCAGAGGGUGCUGUGUGGUACGGUGAAGCUCUGGGGCUUGGAGGACUGCUGC